AUGAGUCUUUUCAGAUCUUAAGAUGUGGACUUGUAUGAAAUACUCAUACCAAAAGACAACGAUUGGGACAUCAUGAAUGAACUUGGAAACAUUAAUUGCUUACAUUUCAUAAACCUAAAUAAGAAUGAGCAACCCCAUCACUUGAGAUACUUUAACCAAGUAAAGAGAUGCGAGGAAUCUGAAUCUAUGAUCAAAGAGAUUGAGGAUAUUUGUGCUUAAUACAAGGUAGAUUUGAAGACUCCAGCAGAUAUUGAUGUGUUUCUUUAACAAGCAAAUCUAUAUUCCCUCAGACAGGACAAGGCCGCUCAUUUACUCUUCAAUGACAUCGAGAAUGAUUUGAAAGAUAAAUCUGCUUUCUUAAAAUCCUAAGUCUAUGCUAUUGAUAACAUGAUAACUUUAUUCAGAACCAUAGUAGCUAAAAUAAACAUACUUUAAUAUGCUUCUCAGUUAUUUGAAUAAUCAGACAAAAGCAGUUUGAAUCUUAAUUCUGAUUUUGAACGAGAUCCAAUGCUUACUUAUGGGAGAUAGGAACUUAGAAGCCCACUGAUGUCUGAAUAAUCAAGAAUAGCAUACCUCGGCGGAGUUUUGAAGAAAUCUGAAUAGAUGAGCUUCAAAAAGUUGAUUUUUAGAGCAACGAGAGGUAAAGCAUUAAUAAAUUUCUAUGAACUCAAGAUAUCCGAUACAGAUAAAGCAAUUUUUUAGAAUGAAUAAGAGAAAAUGUUUGUCUAUUUAAUUAUGUUUGAUGAUGGUCAAUACAUCAGAGACAAAAUUUAUAGAAUUUGCUCAAGCAGCUAAGAACCAACUAAAAAGUCAAUCAAAGAUUAUUUGAUAAAAAUAAAUAAAAUGCAGGGAGCUGAAUACUCAUUGCUUGAAAUCUAUAAGUGCUUUAUUCUGAAAGAGAAAUCUAUCUACAUAGAACUUAAUAAGUUAAAGUUUAGUGAGAAAAUUUUGAUGGGUCUCUUAUGGUGUCCAACUAAAUUUAGAUAAGCGCUUGAUGAAAAACUAGAUGAUAUUAGAAAUAAAAGAAACUUAGAAGGUCCUCAAAUGCAUCUUAUCAAAGAUUAUGAUGAGAAGACAUUUUAGAGGCCUACAUAUUUUGAAACAAAUGAAUUUACAUGGCCUUUCCAGGAGAUUGUCAAUACAUACGGAAUACCAUAGUACUAAGAAGUAAAUCCAGCAAUUUUUACUUUGGUUUCAUUUCCAUUCUUAUUUGGCGUUAUGUUUGGAGAUGUACUUCAUGGCACUUUACUUUUUGUUUUUUCAUCAUAUCUCUGCUUUUACAAACCAAAGGAAGGUUCUUUGAUUUCUGAACUAUAUAAAAUUAGAUACUUACUUUUACUCAUGGGAUUCUUUUCCUCAUACUGUGGUUUUAUUUAUAAUGAUUUCACUUCUAUUCCCUUAAACUUAUUUGGAAGGUCUUGUUAUAACAACAAUCACAAGACUCAUUAAUCAGAAAUAAAGUAAGACUGUAUCUAUUAAGUAGGUGUAGAUCCAACUUGGUAUUUUGCUAAAAACGAGUUGUCAUUUUUAAAUUCUUUAAAAAUGAAAAUUUCGGUCAUCUUAGGAGUAUCUUAAAUGUCGCUUGGAGUGUUUAUGAAGGCAUUUAACUCCCUUAAAUUCAAAAGAUAUAUUGACUUUACUUUUGAAUUUCUUCCCUAAAUUAUAUUACUGUGGUCUCUUUUUGGCUUUAUGGACCUAAUGAUUAUUACUAAAUGGCUGACUAAUUAUGAUGAAAUAUAGGGAGCAAGGCCACCCUCAGUCAUAACUCAAAUGAUAGUAAUGUGUCUGAAUUUUGGAUCAUAAAAUGAGGGUCCUCAAAGAGAAUCAGAACUUUUCAAUAAUUAAACAAUAAUAAUGAGAAUACUGCUCUUUAUAAGUCUUAUAUGUGUACCAUUAAUGCUAUUUGUGAAGCCAUUAUAUGAAAACAAUAUCAAUUAAAAAAGAUACCAAAGUCACAUUAGACAAAUUCAUGAAGAAGAGGGCGAAAAACAUUAUACUGCUAUUAAUGAUGAACCUAUAAGUCAUGAGGGAAGAGGAAAAACGUUGAAUCAGAAAUCGAUAGAUAUUGGAUCUAUUGAAAAGCAUAAAUAACACAGCUUCAGUGAUUUGUUCAUCCAUUAAUUAAUAGAAACAAUUGAAUUCGUAUUGGGAACUAUUUCAAAUACUGCUAGCUACCUCAGGCUUUGGGCUUUAUCUUUAGCACAUUCUUAGCUUGCCAAGGUAUUCUUUGACAACACAAUUAAAUCAGGACUUUAAUCUAACUCAUUUGUUGCUGUAACUCAUUUUCUAUUAAUAGUUUUAGUUGUUCCUAGGAUAUUUUGUGUACUUUGCUUUUACAAUUUCAGUUUUGAUGAUGAUGGAUUUAAUGGAAGCAUUCUUGCAUACCUUAAGGUUGCAUUGGGUUGA